AUGUACCCGGAUAUCGAAACAAGAAUAUCUCUUGACGAGCAACUAGAGAAGUUCAAGAGGGCUAACGGUUUAUUUUCUAUGAGCAUGGCUGUGUUAACUAGAGACAAGAAACAACACAGACAAAGGAACUUGAAUGCUAUUAAAAAAGGCAAAGCUAAAGUUGUUGGGAUAGAUAAUGAUGAAGAUGAUGGUAUUGAAAUGGUUGAGAUGAGGAAACGGAAGAGGAUAAGGAAGCAGAGAUGGUUGAAGUAG